GCCGCGGGAGGGACCCGGUCUAUGGUGGAGGAGCGGUGCCGCACGGACUAGGACGGACGCCUCCUUCCCCGGCGGGAUGGACGGGACUGCGGCCGCCACCGCCUGCGUGGGCCGCCAGGCCGUGCGGUGCAGCGCCCGCGGCGGAAGCCGCCGCUCCCGGGGCCCCCUCUGCCGGCGCGGGGAUCGGCCUGCCGUACCGACUCGGUGGCUGGGCAAGGCUGAGGCUGUGUAGGCCUCGGAUCCCGCCCGCCCUGACGCCGCCGAGCUCCGCGCUUGUGGCCUGAGCCACUGCCGAGGAGAGGAGAUGGAGCUGGGAACCCUCGGGCCUCGGAAGCGGCCGGCCCCUCGGAGGGGCUCCUGGUUCCGCCUGCCCUCCUUCCUUCGGCGAUGGCACGCCCGCCCUUCCGAGUUCCCGACGCCUCCCUCUCGGGAAAACUCCGGAGACCCCGCAGUGCGGGCCUCCGCCCGGCCCGAGCCUCGCACCAGGUACUGGACCAGAUUGCUUUCCCAGCUCUUUGCCCUGCUGCCUUGCUUGCUCCAGAAGCUGUUUCUUUGGAGCCAGCUUUUCGGGGGCAUGAUCCCCGCGAGAUGGCUAGAUUUCGUAGCGGGUUACAGCGCCCUGAGAGCCUUGCGAGGACCGGAGGAGCCCGCCACUCCCGCGGUGCAGAAAUCUUUGAGUUCACUGCAGCUGGACUCUUCGGAAGACUUGGUUGUCAGCCCCCUUGAUUGGCUAGAGGAGGGACUCCAGUGGCAGUGCUCGUCCUCAGACCUGGAGGUGAAAUUUAAAGCCCAGGAGAGAGCUGUGGACUCCGCAGCGCACACCUUUCUCCUGGAGCAGCAGCUGUGGGGAGUGGAGUUGCUGCACAGGAGUCUUCAAGCCGGUCUGGUCUCCCACCGAGAACUUGGCCCUGCACCCUCUGGGCCUCGCCAUGCUCAGAGCGUAGGUAGUUUCAAGGUAGUGUCCUAUCUCCUGAACCCUUCCUAUCUGGACUGCCUGCCCCAGCUAGAGCUGCGCCGGCAGGACGGCGUUGGUGCUGGCCAGCUCGUGGAUUUCCGAACACUACCCCCCGAGAGCUGUUGCCUCUUUGAAGAUGCUUGUCACCCCCAGCCGCUGCGUGCCGAGAUCUCGGCGACCGCGUGGCAGAGGUGCCCCCCUCUUUCUACAGAAGGCCUGCCGGAAAUCCACCACCUCCGUACAAAACGGCUAGAAUUCCUUCAGGCUAACCACAAGGGGCAAGAGUUACCCACCCCUGACCAAGAUAAUGGCUACCACAGCCUGGAGGAGGAGCAUAGCCUUCUCCGGAUGGACCCACCACCACACUGUACAGAUAACCCAGCACACGCGGUGUCCCCUCCUGGAGCCAUCCCGGAGCCCACUGAGAAAAAAAUUGACUUGUUGAUGCAAGAAGUUUCACAAAGCCCCCAGGGAAGCAAACCGACUUGCGAGUUACCUGUGGAAAAAGAGGGUGAAGGGGGCCACACUAGUGUAGUCAACUGCUCAGACAUAGAGGAUGGCCUUCCUGUUUCUGCCAGACCAGUUUGUAGCAACAAACUGAUCGAUUAUAUUCUGGGAGGUGCCUCCAGUGACUUGGAAAGCAGCUCCGAUUCGGAAAGUGAGGAUUGGGACGAGGAUCCCGAGGAUGAUGGUUUUGAUAGUGAUGGCUCUCUGUCCGCAUCAGAGGAGGGACAGGACGGGCUUCACCUUUGGAACUCCUUCUGCAGUGUAGAUCCUUACAAUCCCCAGAACUUCACAGCCACAGUUCAGACUGCUGCCAGACUCGUCCCUGGAGAGCCGUGUGAUUCUGGGAAGUCCUUGUCUGGCAACUCGGAUGUAGGAAGUGCUUGGGCCGGGCACCUUCCUGAGACCCCCGAGCAUAGUUCUGGGGAGGAAGAGGACUGGGAAUCCAGUGCAGAUGAGGCGGAGAAUCUUAGGUUGUGGAACUCUUUCUGCAAUUCUGAGGACCCCUACAACCUUUUAAAUUUUAAGGCUCCUUUUCAAACAUCAGGGAAAAACUGGAAAGGCUGUCAGGACUCAAAGGCAUCCGUCUGAGGCCAUGGUGGCCUU